AUGAAUCGAAAUGAGAGACAGCCUACAUAUCGUUUGCUGGAGGAAAUCGGAAGAGGGUCUUUCGGAUCUGUUAGAAAAGUAGUAAGAGAAGCGGACAAUAAGGUAAUGGUGCGGAAAGAAGUAAGAUAUGGUCAUAUGAAUGCGAAAGAACGUCAACAACUAAUAUCAGAAUGUGCAAUCCUUUCUCAAUUGAAACAUGACAAUAUCGUGGAGUUUUUCCAUUGGGAUCAUGAUGCGAAGUCGAAUACAUUAUUUUUGUAUAUGGAGUAUUGUUCCAAAGGUGACCUGUCCCAGAUGAUCAGAUAUUACAAACACCAACGGAAGUAUGUCCCCGAAGAAUACGUCUGGCGUAUUAUGGUUCAAAUUUUAAUGGCUUUAUUCAAGUGUCAUUAUGGAAGAGAUUUAUCUAAGCUACAAACGAUAUAUGAUGCCAUGGAAGAACCGUUAAAAUCGAAAGGAUACGUCGUAAUACAUAGAGAUUUGAAACCCGGAAACAUUUUUCUCACUGGUUAUGAUGACGAAUUUAACCAAAAUGCAUCGGAUGUCGACUACAGCAAAGUUAUUAUCAAGCUUGGUGAUUUCGGACUUGCCAAAUCUUUACAAGCAUCUAUCGAAUUUGCUACCACAUAUGUAGGAACUCCAUAUUAUAUGUCUCCCGAGGUCCUGCGAGACCAACCUUACAGUCCACUAAGUGAUAUAUGGUCCCUCGGAUGCAUCCUGUAUGAACUUUGCUCAUUACAUGUUCCCUUCCAAGCUAAGACGUAUACGGAGUUGCAAGGUAAGGUUAAAGCUGGCUAUUUUGAACCAUUACCGCAUUUCUACUCCAAGAACUUACAAGAUAUAAUCACAAGGUGCAUCCAGGUUGAUUUCACAAAAAGGCCGAGCACUUGGAGUUUGCUCAAUGAUAUUCAGUGUCGGAUAUGCAGGAAAGCCUUAGACCUAGAAAAGUUUGAAAGACAUUUAUUGAAUUAUGAGCAUGAAUUGACCCAAGUCGGUGAAAUGCUAGAACAGCAUGCCACUGAAAUGAAACGAGAUUUUGCAUCAGCAGUAGAUCAGCGGGUGAGAGAAAUUCUAAAUGGUACUUCAAAGCCAGCGGCAACUCCACUGAUAACAGGUACUGGUCCUGUUACCAUGCCAGGACGAACACCUUUUAGAAAUGCAAAUGUAAAUAGAAACUAUCGGUAA